AUGGAACAAGUGCAAGACACAAAAGAUUUAAUUAAAACUUUACUUCUAACUGCUUUUAUAAGUUUAUGGUUGUAUUGGAUGUGGUCGCGACAACAUUUUUAUCGAUUUGCCAUAAAAUUUCCCGGUUGUUUCGGAUAUCCGGUUAUUGGAUCAUUUGAUACCAUCAAGAAUUUUAAAUCAAUUCUGCAAGGCCUUAGUACCUUAUUCGAACGUUGCAAAAGUAACACCAUCUGUGUUUGGAUGGGAUUUUAUCCGACAGUCGUUUCAACAGAUCCAGAAUUUAUUGAAAAAAUUUUAUCGUCUCCAGAACUUUUAAAUAAGGCGAAAUCGUUGUACAAUCCGGUUUACCAAGCAUUUCAAGGUGGCAUUAUAUCUAGCCCCGUAUCUGUUUGGCAGCAUAAUCGCAAAAUGAUAAAUCCAUCGUUCCAUCAUAAAGUUUUAGUAAGUUUUUUGCCGGUUUUUCAUAAAGGCAAAAAUGUUCUUCUCUCCAAAAUGGAACAUAUGGUGGACAAUGGAGAAUACAAGUUAUCUGAUAUAAUACAACGUAUUACACUAGGAAUUUCUGUUGAAACUACCAUGGGCAAAACAAUGGGACCUGGCGACCAAGUUGACGAGGAAGUAAUAAGCAAUUUUAGAUUUAUAAUGGAGAAAAUUGUUCUUCAUAUAAUGAUGUCUUGCAUAAAAAUUGGCUCAUUGUAUUCGUUGUACUUUAAAUACCAGAACAUUAAAAAACGCAUUCAUAGAUUUGUGUUUGAGCUGGUGCAAGAAAAAUUAAAAAGGAUGAACAAAGAGGUAGUAAAUUCAACUGAAGUGGCUGAAAAUACUAUGGAAUCGAUCAAAAAAAAUCCCAACAUCUUUAUAGACCAGGCCAUUGAAAUUUAUCAGAAACAAAAAUUUUCAUUUAAUGAUAUCAUAGUGGAAUCGAACAACAUUGUUACAGCUUCAUUUGAAACAACAGGCAAUGGUAUACUAUCCGCUCUUGUAAUGUUGGCUACACAUCCCGAAGUACAGGAGCGACUUUACGAUGAAAUUAUCAAUAUUUUCCCGGAAAAAGACUUUGAAAUGGAGUACGAACAUCUGGAACAAUUGCCAUAUUUAGACAUGAUUAUUAAUGAAACCCUACGAUUGGCUCCAUCUAUACCUCUAAUUGGACGUCAUGUUACAAAAGACAUGCCUCUAACUAAGGAUCUUGUAUUGCCGAAGGAUAUACAGGUGAUAAUGUCGAUAUUCCAUGUUCAUCGGCGAAAAGACAUCUGGGGUCCGAAUGCAAACAGUUUUGAUCCCGACAAUUUUCUUCCGGAAAAUAUGGCUGGCAAACAUGCAUAUGCUUAUAUCCCAUUUUCGAAAGGCACACGUAAUUGCAUCGGUUGGCGUUAUGCUUUAUUCGCAAUGAAAGUAAUUAUAGUUGGAAUCAUUCGCAAUUAUCGGCUGUCAACGACUACCAAAUAUGAGGACAUCGAAUUCACAUAUCACAUUGCCUUGAAAUACUUGAAUGAACCAUCAUUUAAAAUACACCGGCGUAAUUGA